GGCAGCGGGCGGCAGUAGUCGUCCCAGCGAGGCUGAGGACAUACGACGACAAAGAAGUUGCAACCUCUGGAAGCUUCAAGUACCUGGGAACAACAGUAGCGAACAACGCAAGCACGACAAAAGAAGUGGAAAGGCGCACAGGGAUAGCAAAAGCAACGGCGGAGCAACUGCGAAGAGUGUGGAGAGACAAAGCGACCCCGGAAGAACUAAAGGCGGAGCUUUUUUCGGCGUUGUGCAGCUCCGUGGCGCUGUACAAUUCCGAAACGUGGACCCUGCGCGAGCAGGACAUGAAGCUUCUGAAACAGUACCAGCACCAGACGCUGAGAACGCUCACGGGGGAGUGGAGGGCCUGGCAGAAGGAGGCAGAGAAGGGGCAGGAAGAAGAAGAGCUGCAGGAGCUAGACGACGCAGCGGAAUACGCAAGUCGGAUGGACCUCUGCCGGAAGGCAGGGGUCUUGGACAUAGAAACGAUGCUGCGGGAGAAACGGGUGGCCUGGAUCGCGCAUGCAGCGCGAGACAGGUCAGAGAAUUCUUUUAUGUGGAUCGCCACCGAGAUACGCAGAAAGAGUAUUUGGGGAAAGCAGGCGGCGCUCGAUCUCGAGCGCUAUGGAUUCACGCUAGAAGCACUCACGCAGCAGCCACCAGACGCAGAAACAGUGCGCAACACACUAAAAGAAAAAAGAGCAUACCAGACCGGGAGAGGGGAGAAGCCGAGGCAAAAACGACAGAAAACAGAGCGCACAGAGCAGAUGCGAGAGGAGCAGCGGCAGAGAAUAGCGCAGCAAAAAGCGGAACAAGAAGAGGAACGGCGGCAAUUUGUCCAGAAAAUCGACGGCAAACGCUGGGUGAGAUUACCCGGCCGACGGGAUGCCUGGCACCCAGAAGACGACGCCCAGGUGCUGUUCACCGCGACGGACGAUUUUUGUGAAAAUACGGGAAGAGAAAUCCUGUAUGUUGCCGGCUUGACCUUCUACCGAAACCCGGAGGACCACACGUGGAGCACAGAAUGACCGGGGGAUGCUAAAAGACAGUGUUUGUGUGCACGUCCAGUCAAGAAAAAGACAAGAAAAUAGAUACGAGGCUAUUUAUUUCGGACAAGCACAAGAAUGAUGAUGAUGAUGAUGCACUGACGGUACAUCUCGCCAACCUUUUAUUUCGGAACCGCUUUACUUUUUGUGAAAAAUCCAGGGUCCCGGUUUGUCCCACCUUUUUGUCGAUAUUGCGCUCAACCGAAAGGCUGAGCUGUAUAUUUUUUUUCGUUUUUUAUUUCCUCUUCCAGUAAGUUCACGUUGUUGUACUUACGUAGAAUUGCAGGUAGUUGAUUUUGAGAUUUCAUUUUCUACCUCUUCUACUGACAGCACAUCUUCGAGCCGCUUACUGGAGUCUUUAGAAAUUCUUGUAGCAGUCACUGAUUUACCCGUCGAUUUUUUUCUGAGCAAGAAAAAAUCGACCGGGCCCGUUUUUCUUUCUACCCAUUUUUAUCAUUUUAUUCCGUAAAGCUCAAGCUACUGUGAAUCUCAGUUUCUAGCUCGUUAUCUCGCGAUCUAUCCCUACCCCAGCGAAUACUUUUUCCUGAAAAAAAUAAACUACUACAGAAAUAUGAGUAGAAAAAUGGC